GCGACGCGUGGCGCGAUGGCGGCGGCCCCACGCGCGGCCGGGCGGCGCGGGCAGCCUCUACCGGCGCUGCUACUGCUGCUGCUGGCGUCGCCGCCCCUCGGCGGCCCGUCAGGCGCCGCCGCCUACUUCCCCGAGGAGCGCUGGAGCCCGGAAUCCCCGCUGCAGGCUCCGCGAGUGCUCAUCGCGCUGCUGGCGCGCAACGCGGCCCCCGCCCUGCCCGCCACGCUGGGCGCCCUGGAGCGGCUGCGGCACCCGCGGGAGCGCACGGCGCUUUGGGUGGCCACUGACCACAACGCAGACAACACAUCAGCUGUGCUGCGGGAGUGGCUGGUAGCUGUGAAGAGCCUGUACCACUCUGUGGAGUGGCGGCCGGCUGAGGAGCCUAGGUUCUACCCAGAUGAGGAGGGCCCCAAACACUGGUCUGACUUGCGCUAUGAGCACGUCAUGAAGUUGCGCCAGGCAGCCCUGAAAUCUGCGCGGGACAUGUGGGCCGACUACAUCCUGUUUGUGGACGCAGAUAACCUCAUCCUCAACCCUGACACUCUGACACUACUCAUGGCUGAGAACAAGACGGUGGUGGCCCCCAUGCUGGACUCACGGGCUGCGUACUCCAACUUUUGGUGUGGCAUGACUUCCCAGGGUUACUACAAGCGUACACCCGCCUACAUCCCCAUUCGCAAACGGGACCGCCAGGGCUGCUUCCCAGUGCCCAUGGUGCACUCGACUUUCCUGAUCGACCUGCGGAAGGCAGCCUCCAGAAACCUGGCCUUUUAUCCACCCCAUCCAGACUACACCUGGUCCUUUGAUGAUAUCAUCGUCUUCGCCUUCUCCUGCAAGCAGGCAGAGGUGCAGAUGUACGUCUGCAACAAGGAGGUGUAUGGCUUCCUGCCAGUGCCACUGCGGGCACACAGCACGCUCCAGGAUGAGGCCGAGAGCUUCAUGCACGUGCAGCUGGAGGUCAUGGUGAAGCACCCGCCGGCGGAGCCAUCCCAGUUCAUCUCCGUGUCGGACCAGACACCAGACAAGAUGGGCUUUGAUGAGGUCUUCAUGAUCAACCUGAAGCGGCGGCAGGAUCGGCGGGAGCGCAUGCUGCGGGCACUGCGGCUGCAGGGGAUCGCCUGCCGGCUGGUGGAAGCCACAGAUGGCAAAGCCAUGAACACCAGCCAGGUAGAGGCACUGGGCAUUCAGAUGUUGCCAGGCUACCGGGACCCCUACCAUGGGCGGCCCCUCACCAAGGGCGAGCUGGGCUGCUUCCUCAGCCACUACUCCAUCUGGAAGGAGGUGGUGGACCGGGGACUGCAGAAAUCGCUGGUAUUUGAGGAUGAUCUACGCUUCGAGAUCUUCUUCAAGAGGCGCCUGAUGAACCUCAUGCGAGAUGUGGAGCAGGAGGGCCUGGACUGGGACCUCAUCUAUGUGGGCCGGAAGCGCAUGCAGGUGGAGCACCCUGAGAAGGCCGUGCCCCGCGUGAGGAACCUGGUGGAGGCUGACUACUCUUACUGGACACUGGCUUAUGUGCUGUCCCUGCAAGGCGCCCACAAGCUGCUGUCCGCCAGGCCACUUGCCAAGAUGCUGCCUGUGGAUGAAUUUCUGCCCGUCAUGUUUGACAAACACCCAGUGUCUGAGUACAAGGCCCACUUCUCCCCCCGCAACCUUCGUGCCUUCUCAGUGGAGCCGCUGCUCAUUUACCCCACACACUACACAGGUGAUGAUGGCUACGUGAGCGACACGGAGACGUCAGUUGUGUGGAACAAUGAGCAUGUCAAGACUGACUGGGACCGCGCCAAGUCUCAGAAGAUGCGGGAGCAGCAGGCGCUGAGCCGUGAGGCCAAGAACUCUGAUGUGCUACAGUCCCCGCUAGAUAGCGCGGCCCGUGAUGAACUUUGAAGGGUCAGUGCAAAAAUAACAAAAUAACCAAAAAAUACAGCAUCCCUCGCCGGGGCAGCUCAGGCUAUAUCAGAACCCCCCAGCAAGCUGUGGCAUCUCUUCUCAACUCAGGGUGCAUCCAGUCACCAACAGCUCAUAACGGAUCACCCACUUUAUGCCAGGCAUAGGGCUGGGCACCGGGAAAUUGGGUGGGAAGUAGACAUCUGCAUUCACCUGUUCACAUGCCCAGCGUUUAUUAAGCACCAGUUCCUGUGCUAUGGCAAUGAAUGAGGCAUUAUUAUCACCUCAAUCAGCUGUUGAUUGAGUUGUCAAACAACAUAUAUAUUGAUCCCCUACGAAGAAUCAGCCCUGGUGGCGCAAUAGUUGAGCACUCAGCUACUAACUGAAAGUUUGGCUGUUCAAACCCACUCAGCAGCUCUGUAAGAGAAAAGACCUGGCAAUCUGCUCCUGUAAAAGUUACAGAAAGAAAACCCUGUGGGGCAGUUCUACUCUGUCAUAUGGGGUCAGGUCAGUAUGAGUCAGAAUCAACUCAAUGGCAACUAAUAACAACAACUAGGAAUUGGGCACUAGUGAUGCACAUUCAGAUUUUAAACUCAUUCAAGUAUUUAUUGAGCACCUACUGUGUAUUGGGCUCCAUCUCAGAUGCUGGGAAUAUUGAGAUGAAUGAGACACUUUGAUUCCUUUAUUCAGACAUGUAUUAUUGUGUGCUUGGUGACACAAAGCUCUUGUCAUUGACUCAGUGGCAUUUAUUGAGUGCCUGCUGUGUGCAAGAGCUGAGCUAGGUGCUGGGGCUAGCAUUAAACAAGGUGCUUUUCAUUAUUUCGUCGGUUUCUUCCCACAUGCCUGAAGAACACCUACUAUGUGCUGGGCAUGAGAAAUACAAAAGUGCGUGUGACUUUUGUCUAGUCCCAUUUUUUAUCACCUGCCGGGUACUGGGCCCGGUGCCAAGUGCUGGGACACAUGAACAAGAUGAGUUCCUUCAUUUCUUCAUGGAGCAAGCAUUUAUUGAGCACUUUCUGUGUGCCAGGCCUCUUGGACUCCCAGUUGGGUGGGGGACUGAGUUUGAUUAUUCUUUGUCCCUCCAUCACCCAAGCUGUGUUGCAGACAACACCCCUCACCCCCCAGGGGAAAGGUGGCUCUUGCCCCACCUAUUGCCCAGCUCCCCAUGGGUGGGUGGCAAGAUGGGUGGGGGCUGGGUCUCCCUUGCCCACCCUGGCCCCAUUUCUUUGGCCUCCCUACCCUCGCAUCUCAGGUGUGGUCUCUGCCUGCUUGAUGAGGUUUUCCGUUCAAGCCUUUGCGGGGAUCAUGUGUUUGGGGGCCUUCUGGGGGAGCAGCUGCAUGGGUAAGGAGGGGCCCUGGGGCAAAAUGUUUCUAGCAACACUCUGGUGGGCUUCCCACGCCUUCAGCCUGAAUUGAAUGUCCGAGCCAGCCAGCGGUGUGUCACCCUCUUGAGGGUAACGGUACUUGCCUGGUUGGCUCCUGGGUAACUUGCUUAUUUUUUAAAUAAAUUUUCUGGUUGGUUUUCA